AAUUCAAAAAGAAAUCCCCAACCCCAACCCCAACCCCUCUCAGCGUCUCUCUGUCUCUCCAAUGGCCACCAAUCCCAACAGCUUCAUGGGUACACCCACCAAGACCCCAUCAGACAAGUCGGCCUCUGCCUCAUCCAUGUCUCGCAAGCACCACCAGCAGUCUCAGUCUCAGCACAACUCUGCCCGUUUCGAGGCCUACAACCGGCUGCAAGCGGCGGCAGUGGCUUUCGGAGAGAAAGUACCAAUCCCAGAGAUCGUGGCCCUCGGUGGACAGUCCAACGGCAAGAGCUCACUGUUAGAAGCGCUGCUAGGGUUCCACUUCAAUGUCCGUGAAGUCGAGAUGGGGACUCGCCGACCCCUCAUUCUCCAGAUGGUCCACGACCCCUCCGCCCCCGAUCCCCGCUGCCGCUUUCAGGAAGAGGAUUCUGAAGAAUAUGGAAGUCCUGUUGUUUUGGCAUCUGCAAUAGCAGAUAUCAUAAAGUCCCGAACUGAAGCACUUUUGAAGAAGACUAAAACUGCAGUUUCUUCUAAGCCAAUUGUGAUGAGAGCUGAAUACGCACAUUGUCCUAAUCUCACUAUUAUAGAUACCCCAGGCUUUGUUCUUAAGGCAAAGAAGGGAGAACCAGAAACCACGCCAGAGGAAAUUCUUGACAUGGUGAAGUCAUUGGCUAGUCCUCCCCAUCGCAUUCUGUUGUUCCUUCAACAGAGUAGUGUGGAGUGGUGCUCGUCGUUGUGGUUGGAUUCUAUUCGUGAAAUUGAUCCUACAUUCAGAAGGACAAUAAUUGUUGUCUCCAAAUUUGAUAAUCGUCUCAAGGAGUUCAGUGACCGGUGGGAGGUGGACCGAUAUUUGAGUGCAAGUGGUUACUUGGGAGAUAACACGCGCCCAUUUUAUGUGGCCCUACCAAAGGACAAGAGCACCAUUUCAAAUGAUGAAUUCCGCCGGCAAAUAUCUCAGGUGGACUUGGAAGUUCUGCGUCACUUGCGUGAUGGUAUUAAGGGUGGUUUCGAUGAGGAAAAGUUCAGGCCUCAUAUUGGUUUUGGCUGUCUGAGAGAUUAUUUGGAGUCCGAGCUUCAUAAGAGAUAUAAAGAAGCUGCACCAGCAACUCUAGCUUUGCUUGAGCAGCGCUGCAGUGAAGUUACUACUGAAUUGGGGAAAAUGGAAUCAAAAAUUCAGGCCACUUCUGAUAUUGCUCAUCUUAGAAGAUCUGCAAUGUUGUAUGCAGCUUCUAUCAGCAAUCAUGUGGGAGCUUUAAUUGAUGGAGCAGCAGAUCCUGCACCAGAGCAGUGGGGGAAGACAACAAUGGAGGAGCAGUCACAAAGUGGUCUUGGGGGAUGGCCUGGAGUUACUGCAGAUAUAAAGCCUCCCAAUGCUACUCUUCGGCUCUAUGGAGGAGCUGCUUUUGAAAGGGUGAUGCAUGAAUUUCGGUGUGCUGCUUAUUCCAUUGAAUGCCCCCCAGUGUCAAGGGAGAAGGUGGCAAAUAUAUUACUUGCCCAUGCUGGCCGAGGUGGGGGUAGAGGAGUAACUGAAGCUGCUGCAGAAAUUGCCCGUGCUGCUGCCAGAUCAUGGCUUGCUCCUCUUCUUGACACUGCUUGUGAUCGGCUUGCUUUUGUUUUGGGGAAUCUCUAUGAUCUUGCUCUAGAAAGAAAUCACAGUCGUGAUUCGGAAUAUGGGAGGAAAUCAGAAAAAAUGGAUGGCUAUGUUGGUUUUCAUGCUGCUCUAAGGCAUGCUUACAAUCGCUUUAUGCAGGACCUGGCCAAACAAUGCAAGCAACUAGUUCGGCACCACCUUGAUUCAGUGACAAGCCCAUACUCGCAUGUCUGUUAUGAGAACGAUUUUCAAGGUGGUUUUGGCUCAAGUGCAACCUCUUUUUACAAGUCAGCUGGUCCGUUUUGUGUUGAGCUAACUGAUGGAGGAUCAGCAGCUCAUGAUGAAAUUAUGAGAGAUCAAGAGAACAUACCUCCGCAAAGGAACAGACAGCAAACCACACCAGGAAAAGGUACAGAAGCUAGAGAAGCUCUCCGAGAUAGCCAAAUGACUGUGCCUGAGACCCCCUCACCUGAUCAGCCAUGUGAUGCAAUACUGGCAGGGGCCAAGAAAGACUUUGGUAAUGGCAUUGAUGUUGGAGUGAGAAAACGAGUUUCAAGAUUGACAGGGAAUAGCAGAAAUGCUGAUCACAUGAGAGUUCAAAAUGGUGGUGGUCUUUUAUUUGGAACUGGUGAUGGCGGUUUAAGAUCAGGCUCAGCUUACUCAGAAAUCUGUUCAACAGCUGCACAUCAUUUUGCACGGAUACGUGAAGUUCUUGUUGAGCGAAGUGUGGCUUCCACAUUGAAUUCUGGGUUCUUAACCCCUUGCCGAGAUAGGCUUGUGUUGGCACUUGGAUUGGAUUUGUUUGCUGUGAAUGAUGAGAGAUUCAUGGACAUGUUUGUUGCCCCUGGCGCGAUUGAUGUACUACAGAACGAACGACAGUCUCUUCAGAAGCGUCAAAAGAUACUCCAGUCUUGCUUGAAUGAGUUCAAAAGUGUUGCUCGGGCACUAUGAUGGAAAAUUGUCAAAACCCAUUUAUUAAUGAAACAGUAUUAUGGCUGGAAGUUCAGAGGUAUUCACAUCUAGUGAACACACAGAAUUCUUAUUCUAUGACCCCCCCUACUUAUUGUCUGUAACAACCAUUUUCACUUAUUUUAGUUGUGAGCUUGUGAUUGGAGGGUUGAUUCUUUUAAAUGUUGCAUGUAAACAUACUAUGUCCUGUACUUAUCGAUUAGUCAAGAGUUGAGGCAAAUAUGGUUUGUUUUCA